AAGAAUAAUUGUAGAAAACACGCGAGUUAAAAUACGCCGGAUCUCACUACUAUACACGUGUAUUCAUAAAGUGCCACAUUACACAUUUAAAAAGAAAAAUUAAACGGGAAAAACAACUCCGGUGUCGUGUGAAUAGCGUAUCGAUCCACGUGUGUAGAGCACACUAGCUCACAGUGAAGGAGCAGCAGAUUUCAUCAUCUUUUUCAAUCCCACGUUUGUUGUUGUUAUUUUGAACACGACCCUGGGCCGGUGAGCAGCAGACAACAGACGGCAGCAUAGAAGAAAAUACAAUGGAGAUGGAAAGAGCUAUCGAAAAUCGUGGAUGCUGCCUCGUCCGGAAGUUCCGCAAGUCCUUGCGACGCCAUCUGUUAUUCAUUCUGACUCUCUCGGCUGUCAUCGUUGGGUUUACAUUGGGCUUUUUAUUGCGUCUGGCCGAACCGUCACCUGAUGCACUGCUAUGGCUGGGUAUGCCUGGGGAGCUAUUUUUACGUUUGUUGAAAAUGAUGAUCAUUCCUUUGUUAGUGUGCAGUGUCAUACACAGCACAGCGUCUUUGGACCCCAAGUCUAACGGAAAGAUCAGCAUUGUGGCCUUCGCCUACAUAAUGCUUACAAACAUAUUGGGUUGUCUAAUAGCAAUAGCGCUGUUCUACGCCAUCAAGCCAGGUAGUGAAAGUCCCCUAGUUGAAGGCAAAACAAACGUAUACGAGGCCGUCCCACAGGAUAUAUUUGCAGAUUUACUCAGAAACAUAAUUCCAGAUAAUAUGGUGGAGGCAACAUUUCAACAGACACAAACAAAAUAUUCCCAUGAAAUGGUAGAGCAAUUUCAAUUGGUUGAUAAUUCAACCCGAAAGAACAUAUCAUCCAAUCAAAAUUCAACAAUUCAAAUGGUUCAGAAACUUGUGAAAUCAGUAGGGAAAACAGAUGGACCUAAUAUACUUGGUCUUAUCGUUGCCUGUAUGUUUUUGGGAACGGCUGCCGGAAAAAUGGGAAAGAAAGCCAAACCAUUCCUGGACUUCUUUGCCGUUAGCACCGAGGUGGUAUUACAGGUGCUCCGAUGGUUUCUUUGGAUGACACCGGUGGGUAUAUCAAGUCUGAUCGCAGCCUCCAUAGCAGGUACCCGUGACGUCACAGGCACCUUCUCCAGUCUUGGUCUGUUCGUUUUGACUGUGACCCUAGGGAUCGUUCUUCAUCAAGCGCUGUUUCUCCCCCUCAUCUUUUUUCUCACCACUAGGAGAAACCCGUAUACUUACUUUUUAAGUAUAGGCCGUGCCUGGCUUAUAGGAUUUGCCGCCACUAGCACAGCUGUAGCCAUUCCUGAAAUGUUAAACGCUUGCGAGAACAAGAAUCACAUCGACAAGAGGGUCAGUCGAUUUGUCAUCCCUUUCUGUGUGACGCUUAACGCUGAUGGCAGCGCCCUCUUUAUUACAGCGGCGGCCAUGUUUAUCGCCAACAUUUCCGGUCACCCGUUGACGUUUGGAGAAGUCGCCAUUAUCGGUUUACUGACAGCCAUUGCCAGCCUUGCCCUGCCAUCUGUCCCUAGCUCAAGUAUCGUCACCCUCAUCAUGGUCCUGUCCUCAAUGAAUGUCCCCGUACAUGCUGUGUCCCUACUGUUUGCUGUUGAGUGGUUCUUGGAUCGAAUUAGAACAACUUCCAAUGUCUUAAGCCAUACUCACUGCGCGGCCAUCACGCAUCAUUUUAACCGACAGGGUCCAGGAAAAACGGAAGAACCGGAAAUGAUUGAGGAGGAAGUAGAACUUAUAGUACAUUCACCAGAUGCGUACAACUCUUAAUCUUCCGGAUUGUGCAAUAUAAAUUACAACAAAUUACUGCCAAACAGCUUGUAAAACUAGGCAUUGAAUCUCAGUUAUGUCAUAUAUCAUAAUGUUGUGAAGAGUUAUUUUUCGAAGAAAAAAAGAUCAUUUAUUUAUCUAUUAUUUUGUUUAAAAAUAUAUAAGAUCUUUAUAUUCACUGCUUUUUGUGAUUAUGAGCUUUUUACAAAAGGAGUUAUUGUCUCUUUGUACAAGAAACCUCAAGUAUGUUAUACAUACUACUGACGUUAUAUGUUGAACCGUUGUGAUUGGUACUGUUGAAUAAAAUUCUAUUUAUUUUGCUAAAAUAUUGUA